GUCGUAAACCCACGUACCACGUACUGGUCGCGAGUUAUAAUCCGCGGUUUUGAUGAUGGCGUCCUAUUCGUUUGUACUGCUGGCGCUGUGCUGCACUCCCGGCCAACCAGCCGUGCCUAUAACAAAAUCCAAAUCACCCACAGUGUGCAGCCACAGUCCUGUAGGCGCAAACAUGGCGGACUGCAAGGAGAGCAACGAGGCAUCCAAGGAUCCCGAGCCGCCGGUCACCAUGAAGUUCGACAGCCCCGAGGAGUCCAGUGACAACUCUGCCAACGAUGAAGCAGAGAAGCCAGUCACCGAGAAAGAUUCUGACAACUCCUCUUCAUCCAGCAGCAUGACUAACAGUACUUCGCUUUCGGAACGACAGAGCAGCGAAGCAAAUUCCAAAAAAAGAAUGGUGCCAAAAUCGUUUGGAAGGGACCAUUGGUCUCCAGAUUUGUACAGUGGCAGCAGCAAGCCAAAAUCGGCAUUGCUAAGGCCAUCUCAACUUAAUGCUGUGACUACUAAUUCAUCCAGCACCACAACCAAAAGUGUUCUGAAGCCAGCAAAAUUCCAAAACCCGUUCACAAAGGUAACUGAUAUCGAUGAUGUCGAGUCAGCUUCCUCCACACAGAACACCAAGGACCAAGAUACCUCGAAAGACAGUGACAAAGAGGAAAAAGACAAGCAGAGCGACGAACAGAAGGAGGAUAAAGAAAAGGAAGCACCCAAAUUCCUAGCGCUAAACAAGACAAAGGAGACCAAGGAGAACGAGAACAUUUUGAACAGCACGAUGGCGGCGAGUGCAUCGACGCCAAGCUUUGUAUUCGGACAGAAUCUAAAGGAACGCGUUGCGGUGGCUCACGAUGCCGACAGCUCCGAUGGUUCUGAAAAAGAAGAGCCCAAGGAAGAGCCGGCUAACGAAAAUGGUUCUUCAGAGCUGAUGUUCUCAAACGCCGCGGCAGUUUGUCGUAGCACAGCCAAGCCCGGGCUUACCUUGUCACAAGCUGCCCAGGAGAUGGAAGAAGCGAAUCGCGCAAACAAGAGAAAGUACAGUGAAGUGACGCUGUUAACCGGAGAGGAGGACGAAACGAACGUUUUACAAAUCAACUGCAAACUUUUUGCUUUUGAUAAAGCAACAAGUAGUUAUCAGGAGCGGGGUCGAGGCUCUCUGCGCCUGAACGACAAGGACGAGGAGUCGCGGCUGGUGGGCCGUGCCGCAGGCACCCAGAGGCUGGUACUCAAUACAAAGGUGUGGCCGGGCAUGACGGUCGAGCGGGCAGGGCCAAAAUCGCUGCGGCUCACUGCCAUGGAUGUCCAGGGUGAUAUCAGGAUCUUUGUAGUGCAGGCCGCGCAGAAGGAAGUCGAGCAGCUGCAUAAUCUACUGAUGCAGCGGUUGAAGCGUGCACAAGAUCGACAACCCAAGAAGGUGGCCGCUGAGCCUCACUGACCGAUGCUAGCUCCAGCCGUUCGCUCAAGUUUGGCUUUUUUGUGCUGAGGACAAGCGUGUUCUGGUGUUGUUAAAUUUUGUCGAGGGCUUUUUUUAUCAAGUAUUUUUUUUCUUUUUUUCGAUAAAUACUGAGUUUUUGGAGACGACUAUUCGUGGUAUUUUUUAGUUACAUUUUCGACUGUGAAACACCAGGAUUUCGCCUCGAUGAAGUUGAGUUCGCUGGGUUUUCACUAGUCCGCUCAAAUUUUGUAGUUAAAUAUGAAUUCGUCAAGUGCGAAAUUUUAAUUAUUAAUUUUUGAAUAUUUAAAUACCGAACUGAUGCUUAAAUUUGUAUGCUCAUCACAGCACUAUAGUUAAAUUUUUUUGUAAUAAUAAUAACUUGAAUCUACGGUGCUAAGAAUCGUAUUUAAUUAUAAUCUUUUGCAGUGUCAGAAAACUCUGAGAAGUGAAAUUAAAAAUUAUCUACUACUUCUUGGUAGACUAUUUUAACUCAUUUCUGCAUUCUCGCGAAAUUUUCAUCGAUUUGCCGAAGUAGCAAUAAGGAUCAGUGGACAGCUGAGGACGUCUUGAGCAUGACAUGAUAGUAUCUAAUAUCAGAGACCGAAAACUCCGUUGGGGUAACUAUAUACAGGCCUGUAACAUAAAAUGAUGAUUAUUUCAUUUAAAAAAUUAACAGUUUGUGGAUAAAGGUCGUUUCCCGAUCAUAGUUAUAUCAGGCUUUGAUCGAAAUUUGGUAUGUUGUGUAAAAGGAGGUAAAUGAAAGAAAUGCAUCAUUUUAUAUAACAUUGAGAUCUAAUUUUUUUUUUGUUUGCAAAUAGUACAUUAUGAUACGUGUGACUUAAAUGGUUGAUUUUUACACGGCGCUAAUCGCCGUGUAAAACUGAACCAUUUAAGUCGCACGUAUCCUAUGAAAUUUUAUAGCACAGACUGCUAACAUCCGCAAGUCUCGCCUAUUCGUGACUAAAGUAGUCGUUAGUCUCGUGCGCUAACCUCACGGUGCAAAAAAGGACUACUUUAGUCACAGAUAGGCGUGACUUAACAGCGGAUUUUAGCCACACUGUGCUAUAAAUACAUUUUCUAAUCAUUCCUGUGAAAUAGACACGAGAUCGUACGAUUUUUAUGUCGCCGAAACAAAUAUACCUGCACGCGCUGCUGCGACAGUGCUCAAAGAGUGUUAUUUGUUAGAUUUUGGUCGUUUCACAAAGUAAAUAAAAAUUUUACAUCACUUAAGAAAAGAAACAAUACGAAAAUGUCGAAAUAAUUAUUCAAAUUUUUAUGCCGAAUAAACGAAAUAUUAAGGAAGCAAAAACAACGUUUUAUUACGAACUCUUGGGCGUCGACAAUAUUUCUUUGAAAACGAAGCAAAAAAUUGACGGACAAACGGGUUCUCAUCAAGAAGAAUCAUAUGUAGCACUUUACGAGAAAAUUAAAAAAAAAAAUGAAUGUAUGCGGUAGGAUGAAUUGUGCGAAUGAUAUAUUAAGCUAGAUAGAGAUUUUUAACAAGGAUAGUUCAAAUUAAUUUAGAAUGCGAUUAAGAGAGGCAGACUGCUGCAUGUUUAUGUAAGAUGCUCAACUGAGAAGAUGCACGAUCAUCUUACAUGUAAUUUGUAAUGAUAAAUCGUCGAAUAGCAAAUCGGUUUUUGUACUACCUCGUAUUCGGUAAACACCUCAUUGACUUACUUGAGUUACUUUUAACAAAUGCAUUGUUCAACUAUUAGCUGUAAAUAAAAUCUCGAUCUAGUAAA